UAUGUAAUUGAUAUUACCCAAAAUAAUAUAUGGUCAGGCUAUAAAGAGCCUUACAUUACAAAGAAUCUCAAUGAAGUUCUUCAACUUCCUGAAAAGCAGCCUUCUCUUAUACGAAUUAAGGAGAUUAUUAAAGAUCUGGAAGUAUCAAGACGGGAUAUUCAAAAGGAAAUUAAAGAACUGAAAGCAUCAGAUGCACGAAUUGAGGAGGAAAUUAAAAAGCUAAAGAAUCAUUAA